AUGUUUAGACGGUUUCUGAACGAAGAAAACCUCCCGAAUGUUGUGCCAAUGAAUGAUGCUCCGACUAGAUGGUCCAGUACAUACUUCAUGCUAUGUGACUUCCUAGCCGCAAUGCCGGCGGUUGAAAGAUUGCUGUCAACUUGUGACAUGCUGCCGUUUGAGAAUGGGGAAAUACGGAUACUAAAGGCAAUGAGAGUAUUCUUACAGCCGUUUCAGGCUAUGACUAACCAGGUGUGCUAUCAAACGUCUUGCUGUUCAAUGUUCAUUUCAGUAGGAAAACUCGUGAUCGCGAAGACUGAAGGGAUCGGAUAUGUGGUCUUUGAUCACAACACAAAGUACUACCAGCACCCCCUCAAGAAGCUCACAGAUGCAACAGGAAGACCUUCAGAUGGAGUUGCAGCAGUACACUAUACAUCUGAACCGAGGAGACGCACGACCAAGUCCUGA